UUCGAAUAUUUGUAACAUUGGAUAUCGGCCGCUGCACUCUGCAAUCAAAUUAUUCAAAUACCUACCUAUUGUACACUAAUAAUAAUAUUUUGUGAUAUUUUGUUCUGUUUUUUCAACAUCUGAUAAUACUACCGCGCAUUGCGCGCAAACUUCAUUUAAAUUAUUAUUGUAAUCCAAUAACGAAACACUGAAUUUUAUGACACAUCACAUGUAGUGAUUAUAUAAAUUGUUGCACCGAACGUCUCAGUAAUAAUAAUAUAUGUUAUUAUUAUUAUCAUCAUCUGAUAAUAAUAUAGUUACAAUGAUUCGAAUCGCCAACGUCUGUUUGGCUAUAUUAAUUUUUAAUACGAUUUUACUUGUAACUCACACUAACCAGGUUGAAACCGUACCCACACCUGUUGUUUUAUGGCACGGAAUGGGUGAUACUUGCUGUAAUCCAAUAAGUCUUGGAAGAAUCAAAAAAGUAUUAGAGAAAAAUUUGGGACCAAAUUCUUAUGUGAAAUCGUUACGAAUUGGGAAUUCUAUUGAACAGGACGCUAUAAAUGGUUUUUUUAAAAAUGCUAAUCUUCAAGUUAAAGAAGCGUGUAAACAAAUAGCUGCCGAUUCAAGACUGAAAAAUGGUUACAAUGCUGUUGGAUUUUCUCAAGGAUCUCAAUUUUUAAGAGCAGUUGCACAAAGGUGUCCCAAACCUCCAAUGUUAAAUUUGAUAUCGUUAGGUGGUCAACAUCAAGGAGUUUUUGGUUGGCCUAGAUGCCUUUAUCCUAAUAUAAAAUGGUGUGAAUAUGUUAGACAACUUUUAGAUAAAGAAGCAUACGUAAGUUGGGUUCAAGAUUCAUUUGUCCAAGCAGAAUACUGGCAUGAUCCAAUCAAAGAAAAUGAUUAUGUUGAGGGCAGCUAUUUUUUAGCAGAUAUUAACAAUGAACGAACAAACAACACAAGUUACCGUGAUAAUUUAUUAAAAUUAAAAAAUUUUGUAUUAGUAAUGUUUACCAAUGACACCAUAGUAAUCCCUAAAGAAACUGAAUGGUUUGCAUUCUAUACACCGGGCCAGGAUAUACAAAUUACACCUCUUGAAGAAUCAGUCAUAUACCUCACAGAUCGUAUUGGCCUUAGGGCGUUACAAGAAUCGGGAAGAUUACAUUUUUUGUCAGUUCCUGGUAAUCACCUGCAAUUCACUGAAGAUUGGUUUUUGAGUGAAAUUGUCGAUAAAUAUCUUAAGUAAUAUUUUAUUAGACAAAAUAAUUAACAUUUAAAAAAAAGGUUAUAUUGUGCUUAUAUAUUUGUUUUUAAAUGAAUUGUGUUUUUUAUCAUGUCUAAAAUAAUGUGUUUUUAAUUUUUCAAUACAUUUCAUUAUUUUUACAAUAUAACAAUUUAUAAUGAAUUUUAUGAAUUCUCAAUCUUAAAUAACAUUAAAAUAGUAGACAAAAAGAAGUCUUAAUUUUGACGUUAACAUGCACUCCGAAGUUACUCGUUUAAAAUAUUGGUUUUUGCACCUUUUUCAUAAAGUAAAGAGUACCCAAUAACUU